AUGUUUCCCUAUAUUGGUUACCUUAUAGCGGAAGCACCGCUGGAGGUGCAAGGACUCGCAAGCAUCGAUGGAGAUGCAAAGACUGUGGCAUUCAGGGUCAUAAUAAAGGUGACCCCAAAUGCCAGAGGACGAUUCCCCAGCCUCAAUCCUUCAAGGCAUCCACUCCUCAAAUCCCAGUACUUGUUGCUGAGUCUGGGACUCUGGAUCCUUAUGUGCCUGGUUAUUAAAGGACAAGAAGAAGCCAAUACAACGAAGGCUUUCUCCCCCUGUCCCCCUCCAACAUCCGCACCACCGCCAACUGCAUCAACCGUCAGUCUCCCUCGUCCUCGCCUCCGAGGUACUAUCCCUCUUCCGCCAGGAUAA